AUGCAGGAGGAACCCCAGCCCCCUCCUUUGAGCCAGGGCCCAGGCCCUCACCCAGGGCUCGAUGAACCACUUUACCCUGACAUGAAGACCUUCCGUGUUGCUAGCCUUUCAGCUAUCCGAACUGUCGACCAUCGCGAGAUCCCCAAGGGAGAGGACAACGUGGUCUACGCAGAGACUCUCGGUUGGGCCAGCGGGGCUGGUACCUUCUUUGUCGACGACCACCGGUUACCCAAGCCCAGAGGUCAGUGGGUGAAGGUCAAGGUCUGUCGUCGCGCCUGCAACCUGUGGACGGGCUCUAUCUGCUCGACCGCGGAGACUGCUCGCCCCAACUUGCGGGAACAGUAUACCUUUGGGGGCCCAGAAGGCCAUCGUACCUUGCUGCCCAUCGCGGCCCUGGUGGGUUUCGAUGCGUAUAACUGCCAACCUGCCUCAAUCCGUUAUCCUCUUCGCGAUGCCAUCGACUGGAGCUAUCGGGAAAUAGAUGACCUGAAAGGUCUUCAAACCAAAUGCAACAGCUCCGGCCAAGUCCGUGGAAGCUGCAUCUUGCUGGUGCAAGACUUGGCUGUCCCGGGGGACAUGGCCGCUCUCAAGGAGUUCCUGCGUGCCAGUAGGCAGCAUCAGAUUGACGAGGCUCUGAGGGCCGUCGAUCUGGACAAGUUAACUCAUUUGUAA